CGGCGGCUGCGGCGGCUCCGCAGGCUCCGGUCGCUCCCGCCUCACCAGCGCUACCCGCGGCCGCAGCCGCGCACCCAGGCAGGCUCGGAGGAGUGGAGGUCAUGGCUUCUGGCUUCUUGGACGUAAGGCUUCAGUGGAGGAAAUGACUGCCCAGGCUCGUGCUCCACGCCUGUCACGGAGACUGAACCUUCGCAGGGCACGAACUUGCCUAGCACAGGAGCGUCUCUCUCUUUGAAGGGCUUGACAUUUGUCACAAAGAAACGUGAAAAUGGCGACUUCCUCUAUCAGACGGCAAAUGAAAAACAUUGUGAACAAUUACUCGGAAGCUGAAAUCAAAGUGCGGGAAGCCACUUCCAACGACCCGUGGGGCCCGUCCAGCUCCCUGAUGACCGAGAUCGCCGACCUGACCUACAACGUGGUGGCGUUCUCGGAGAUCAUGAGCAUGGUGUGGAAGCGCCUCAACGACCAUGGCAAGAACUGGCGGCACGUGUACAAGGCGCUGACGCUGCUGGACUACCUCAUCAAGACGGGCUCCGAGCGGGUGGCCCAGCAGUGCCGGGAGAACAUCUUCGCCAUCCAGACCCUGAAGGACUUCCAGUACAUCGACCGCGACGGCAAGGACCAGGGCAUCAACGUGCGUGAGAAGUCAAAGCAGCUGGUGGGCCUUCUCAAGGACGAGGAGCGGCUGAAGGCCGAGAGGGCCCAGGCUCUCAAAACCAAAGAGCGCAUGGCCCAGGUCGCCACGGGCAUGGGCAGCAAUCAGAUCACCUUCGGCCGCGGCUCCAGCCAGCCCAACCUGUCCACCAGCUACUCGGAGCAGGAGUACGGCAAGGCCGGGGGGUCUCCAGCCUCCUACCACGGCUCGCCCGAGGCCUCGCUGUGUCCCCAGCACCGCACAGGGGCCCCGCUGGGUCAGAGCGAGGAGCUGCAGCCGCUGAGCCAGCGCCACCCCUUCCUGCCGCACCUGGGGCUGGCCGCCCGCCCAAAUGGCGACUGGUCCCAGCCCUGCCUCACUUGUGACCGCGCAGCCCGAGCCACUUCCCCGAGGGUGUCCUCUGAGCUGGAGCAGGCCCGGCCGCAGACCAGCGGAGAAGAGGAGCUACAGCUGCAGCUGGCACUUGCCAUGAGCAGAGAAGUCGCUGAGCAGGAAGAACGCCUCAGGCGGGGUGAUGACCUCAGAUUACAGAUGGCCCUAGAAGAAAGCCGAAGAGACACGGUUAAGGUUCCCAAAAAGAAGGAGCAUGGCUCCCACCCACAGCAGACUACUCUGUUGGAUUUAAUGGACGCCCUCCCCAGCUCAGGCCCUGCUGCCCAGAAAGCAGAGCCUUGGGGCCGGUCAGCCUCAGCUAACCAGACAAACCCUUGGGGCGGGCCGGCGGCCCCAGCCAGCACUUCAGACCCCUGGCCACCGUUCGGUGCCAAGCCAGCUGCCUCUGUUGACCCGUGGGGUGUGCCCACUGGUGCCAGCACACACUCCGGCCCGAAGGGCUCGGACCCCUGGGCGGGCCCGCAGCAGCCUGCCCCCAGGGCCGGGAAGACAGCAGACGCCUGGGCUGCAGCCUCGGCCACUAAACCCGUCUCUUCCUCUGGGGCCUUUGAUCUCUUCAGUAAUCUGAAUGGUACCAUUAAAGAUGACUUUUCUGAAUUUGACAACCUCCGGACUUCAAAAAAAACAGCUGAGGCUGUGGCCUCGCCGCCGUCCCAGAACAACGGAACUACAAGCCCAGACCCCUUCGAGUGCCAGCCCCUGACCUCCACCUCUAGCAAGCCCAGCAGCGCUCGGAAAACACCCGAGUCCUUCCUGGGCCCCAAUGCGGCCCUGGUCAACCUGGACUCGCUGGUGACCAGGCCAGCCCCGCCAGCCCAGUCCCUCAACCCUUUCCUGGCACCAGGUGCAGCCACCACUUCGGCCCCUGUCAACCCCUUCCAGGUGAACCAGCCGCAGCCGCUGACGCUGAACCAGCUGCGGGGGAGCCCUGUCCUGGGGACCAGCACGUCCUUUGGGCCUAGCCCAGGUGUGGAGCCCAUGGCUGUGGCCUCCAUGACCUCCACGGCCCCACACCCGGCUCUGGGGGCUGGAGGGUCCUCCCUGACGCCACUUGGCCCCACUGCGAUGAACAUGGUGGGGAGCGUGGGCCUUCCCCCCUCAGCAGCUCAGGCCACCGGCACAACCAACCCUUUCCUUCUCUAGUGCCAGGGCUGGGGCCCCACCACAGAGCGCAUGCCCAGAGCCUCCGUGCCUGAGGACGCCGAGCAGGGACUCUCGAUUGUGGAAUGGUGUCCGAGAGUGGGGGUGUGGGUGUUAGGGCUUUCCAGUUCUGGCUUCCUGAUAGAAGGGUUGUCUGCACAGCCCCGACCUGUCAAGCAGCGGUAGGCCUGCUAGACGUCAGACGUGGGUCUCCGCGCCUUCUGAGGCUGCCCACCCACCUGUCCCCAGCCCACUGCCUGCAGGAGGGGCCCAACCAGUGGCCUCCCCACUUCCUCCCGAACACCGAGGUCCUGGUCCUGGAGACCGGCUAGCUCUCUGGGGCCCAGGACGAGGGGGUGGGAGCUGUCAGCAUUGACCUCACCCUGAGCCUCAGCCUGAGGGCCUCUGGGACACUGCCUGACCUAGGCCUAGGAACGGCCACCACCGUGUCCUUGUGACCCACCCCCUCCAGCCCUAGUGACACCCGAGGCGGUCCCAGGUGUGGAUGGAAUGAAGCACCGGCUCCGUGAGACGCUGACCUUCUGGGGAAGUGGUUGUGCAUAUUUUAUUUUUCUUUGACUCGUGUGUGAGUUCAAAGCAAACCCUACCACCGCGGAACAACUCUUAAAUUAAAUCCACUAGAGCGAGCUUUAAACUAAUCUGAGCAUAACCCCUGCCACGUGGCUCUAUGCUUGUAUACGUUUGCACAUAAUUUGUUUAGUACAGUUUCAUAUUUGAGUUUGCAGAAUUACCUAAUAGUCUUUUUUUGGCUAAUAUUUUUAUAACGUGGUUCUUAUUUAACUGUCUAGUUUUGAUAGAAUUUACCAGGUCUGGCUGAAUUAAGAUACUGGCACGUGUCAUGUGAAUGGUUUAAACCCUCUUAUUUAUGGUUUUAACUCUAAGAAAAUUUAAAUAGGAAGCAAAAAAAAAUGCCUUAUGGGGAAAAAAAAAAAACUAAAGUAAAUUCUUUAUAGGGAAAAAUACGGGAAUUUGAUUACACAGAAAAGAUGAUGUUUAUUUAAAAAAAAAAAAUCUACAACAGCAACAACAACAAAAACCCAGCCUCCAGUUGCCUUUUCCUUUCUUUUACUCCCUUUUUUGGUGACUUACCCAACAGAUUGAACCGCAGCCUUCUGGGCUGGAUCCUGAGAGAGGCUGUUUUUCUUACUGGUACACCAACAUCAAGUUAAAGGGAAAAAAAUCUGAUGGAUGGAUGUGACUCACCAGUUUUUAUCUGCUAAUUCCCUUUUAUAACUGAAGGCAUGCACGGAUCAACAAGGACUUCCGUUUCCGGUGCAAAUUGGAAACGAAAGAGGCAUCUUGAACCUUGUGUGUCUGUGAUCCUCUCUGUCUUAAUCCGCACUCAGGGUAAGGAUGGGGAUGGCGUGGAGACUGCGGGCGUCUUCAGUGCCCACGGCUCCACGGGGCCAGCCUCCUGCUAACUCCAGACACACACUGCAGACUUAAAAUUCUCAUCAUCUCUUAUUUCGGAGAGGAAGAAAAAAAAAAGUCAUUCUCACAUGGAUUUUUAACAAACAUGCACUAAUAUUACCUCCCUUUCCCAACUCCCUCCUUUCCUCACCCCACCCACCACUAGAAGAAAAGUAUGAAUUCAUGAAAGAGCAGAAAAGGCGUGCUUCUCCCCAGGGAAGGAAGCCCCUCCUCCCCCCGCCCCCGCCACACACACACCCAACCUGCCUCCGGUCAGGUCACCUUGCCUGUGGGCGCUACAGUCUUGCUUUCCACUGUGGACUUCACCCCAACAACAAGGCAGCUGACCCCCCGGUGUUCCUCUGCUUCCUGUGGCCUGUUCAGGGAGGUCAGACCCUGAGCAGGGCACAGGCCUGGAGAUGAGCAGGCGGAGUCCCGAACAGCCUUUUCUGGCCUUUCCUGUUUCCUCAUUUUAAAAGCUCACCCAUGCCGCUCCCCAAGGCUGUCCCCCAGCCGGAGGAGCCACCCCCAGAGCUCCUGACUGGCCAUGCCUCCACCAGAGCCGGAGAGCUGGGGCUGGACCGCGGGCUGGAGCCCGCCCUGGCCUCCUCCGACCUGGGGGAGCAUGGGGACAGGGUGGGGCCCAGCAGGUGGCUUCCCCCGCCCCCCGGGAGGUGCUUUCACUCACAUGGUGCGAGCCUGGACCCCUUCACAGGCCAGUAGCCCAGACCUGACUACUGCGUCGGUGAUUCUUUUUGUAAACAGUCAAGAGCUCUUCCUGACUUGACUUCGAGGCCCCAGCAUUCUAGCCACUGGGCCGCCGAGGCCCCAUGAGACCCACUGCGCCCCCUCCCCCCACCCCCUCACACCCGGGCACAGGCCUGUCCCAGGCACCUUGUCCCUGUUGCCUGCUGCACUGAUCAUGAAGCCGCCGGCCGCUGCCACACGUGUGAUGCACGUGCCGUCAUACUCCCUCCUGAUGGGCACUGGGGUAGGGGGCGCCGCCCAGCCGUUUUCUCAGUCCCAGGGGCCGGUGGCUGGUUUUGAACGUGUGUUGACUAUUGAUACUUAUUUACUGUACAAAUAUAAUUUAUCAUUUGUAUCAUGA